AGUUUCCCAGGAGUCCCUGAAGGCAGCAUGACUUGCUGCGUGUGUUGAUCCCAUAGACGGCCUUCCCUCCACUUCCUGCCUGUUGUAACUUUGCUGUUCACAACACAACAAGACAGCGAGCAGCCUAGCGACGCCUCUCAACUGAUGACCACAGAGCCGUGCAGAACUUGCCAUGACACAACAGGAGCAGCAGGAGUUCAUGGAGAGCCUUGAGGCAGCCCUCUCCUGGAUGCGGGCCGUCCAGGAGAGGCUGAAGGCCAAUGAUAACACCCAGGGGCCCCGUGAUGCCCUGGAGGCCAGACUCAGGGAGACAGAGAAAAUACAUCAGUCUGAGCAUGAAGGUCGUGUGAAGAUGGACAUGGUGCUCGUGGCAGCAGAGAACCUUCUGCAAAGCGGAGAUGAAGAGCUGCGGAGCCACACCCAUGCUAAGCUCAAAGACCUGAAAAGCCUGUGGGAGGAGACCUCCACCUAUAUCAUCCACUGUCACAGUCGCAUUGAGUGGGUAUGGCUACACUGGAGUGAGUAUCUGAAGGCCUACGAAGAGUUUGAGCUGUGGCUGACAAAGCAGCAGCGCAACCUGGAUGUUGGGGUGGAGCACCAAGUGGGAGUGAAAGAGAAGCAGUGGCAGGUGGACCAACAGAGGGUGGUGGUGAGCGAUAUUCAAGCCCAGGCAGCACUGCUGGAGAGGCUGCUGGAUGAAGCAGCUGCGUUGCACAACAGAACUCAGGACCCCAGUGUGGACCCCCAGGCCCAAGAGAGAAUGCAAGAGGGCUACAAUGAUGUCAGAGACAGAGCAGAGGAGCAUUUGUCAGUGCUUCAAAAGAUCGCUGAGGAGCACCAGAUGUACCAAGGCUGCGUUCAGAGGUUCCAGUCCUGGCUGCUGUCAAAAACUAAGGAACUGACUGAUCUGAUGGAGAGGGACGACACACCUGAGGACAAACUCAAAGCCUUACAAGCUCUGGAUGACAGCGUGGCCUGUGAGGAGAAGACCUUGCAGCAUAUUGAAGGUGUGGCAGAAUCCGUCAGGGCCACCACCUCUCCUGCUGGGGCAGAGGUAGUGGUAGAGGAGGCUGAGGAGCUAAGACUGGGCUGGCAGAGGCUGAGGCAGGGCCUGUGUGAGGCAGAGGAGGGUCUGCGCUCAAGCCUGGACUCCCACAGUCAGUAUGUAGCCAGGUGUUUACGGCUGGGAGAAGACAUCAGCCGCCUCAGACUGCUGCUGCAGGGGUUGGACCAGGAACUAGAGGACACCCACAAAUCCAGGGACCACUCUGACCACACAGAGGAACAGAUUGUGGGCCAGUGGAGGAAGUACACGGGUGUGAGGAACACUCUAGCAGGGGAGGAAUCCCAGGUGGAACUUCUUAAAGCUCAACUCAAGGAGCUCUUCAGGUUCUCAGAGGACUCGCGCCACCUUUCUGAUGAUGUCCUAGCUGUUGUGAAAGAGCAUCAAAGUGUGAAAUGCCGAGCAACCAGACUAUGUUCAGAGUCAGAGUCGGGGCUGAGAAGCAUCCUUCAAGACCCACUACUGGUCUAUGCCCAGUGGAGCCACAUGGUUGCUCAAGUGUUGGAGACUUCUGCAGAGGUUACCGACUUCUCCCACAUAGCCAUGCUGGUCCAGAGUAUAGAGCGUCUGCUGAAGGACAGUGUCCAGCUGCAGGAACGUUUCAGUUUGCUGCAGGUAAAGGGGGACCUGCUGGACUCUGUGUUCGGUCUUGAUAGGUCUGAUGGUCUGCAGGGUGAACUGAAUGCUGCCAUCAGGAACAGAGAGCUGCUGCACGCUCAGCUGCUGCAGAGGAAGAGCAGGCUACAGGCCUUAAUUUCAAGAACAAAGGACUUUGGUAACACCUACGAGUUGAUUCAGUCCAAGCUGUCCAGUUUGAGAGAGCGACUAGCGGCAGCUGAUGGCCUCCAGCCUGACAUCCUCGCCAAAAAAAGCCAGUCAGACCAAUUCAGGGUGAUCCAGAAGGACCUGGAGGACUGUGAAGGACAUAUCGUGGUGCUGGAGACUCUGGUCUCCUCCAGUCCAAGCAACAGGACUCAGUUUGAGAAGCUCUGUGGUGAAUGGAAACAUCUGCACAAGGCAGUUAGGGUGAAAGUGAAUGAGAGUGAGGAGAGCAUCGCAGAACAUGAGAGUUUUCACGAACGCCUGCUAAACAUAGAGAAGUGGCUGAUGAUCAUGAAGCAGAAGCUGGAGUCCUUCCACAGCCCCUCAGGAGAAUGGAGCGUAGAGGGCCGCCAGCAUGAAGCCGAGAGAGUACUGGGAGAGUUCCCAGGGAAGGACCUUCAGCUGCACCAGAUGGAGGUCCAGGGUCAGAGAGUUUUGGAGAGGACUUCAGAGGAGGGACAGGUCCACAUUCUUCGAGAUAUAAAGCGAUUAAAAGACUCCUGGCUGGCCCUGUACAAUAUGAGUCUCAAUCUUCACAGGCUGCUCAGCAGCUCCACAGUCCACACAGAGUCUGACUUACCAACAGCGUAUGGAGUCAUGUCUAGCUCUGGACCUGCAAGAGGAGAAAGCCUGGAAGGACAGGCAGGGGAGGGUGCAUGGAUCCAGGACCAUGGUGAAGGUCUCACCAUACUGGCCGGAAAAGGCCACGAGCAUCUCAUUCCCUCACAGACAGUCAUGGACAGUGGUCCCUCUCUUGCAGUAGAUGAAGUCGAUUCCUCUGCUCGGGACAUUCAUAGCAGAGCAGGUAGCCAGGAAACUUCCAAAGGCUCUUUUACUGGAAGCCCUGACAGUCAUAAGUUAACAGGAGGUGACGCUAUCAUCUUGGACGGAGACAAAAGGCCAGCGGUAUCAUCCCUACAGGCCAGCUAUGGUGAGGGGGCAAGAAUGAGCUCUGGAGAAGGUGGCACAGAAGCAGCAGAAGGCCUAAGCUCGAGAGGAGGAGCAUUCAUGCUGUUCAAGAAGGACUCGGCCGAGAUGUCAACACCAGUUCAACACACCAUGGGAAGCAAAGGACACAAAUCCAGGAGGUGGGAGUUUGAGUCCUGGCUGUCAAAACAGAACGAACUCCUCUCGGAGGUGCUCAGCUCCAAAGAAGCAACACUCAGUGCCAAAGAAGUCGAGAUUAGACAAGACACAUUCAAGGCUUUGAGAAACGGAGUGUGCUUUGGUCAGGAGCAGUUUCAGCUGUUGCUGCAGGAGAGUCAGGGCAGUGAAGAUGGUUCUGGAUCAGCAGAAGAUGUGGGUCUGGAGGAACUUCGGUACCGCUGGAUGCUCUACAAGUCCAAGUUGAAGGAUGCGGGAGAACUUAGGUCCAGGACCAGUGCCAAGAGAGUCCUAAGCAAACAAGAAUCUUCAGCAGUGGCAGCAAAGGUACAAAAGAAGCCUGGAUUACUGCAGCGGGUUUGUCGACUGGCUCUUCCUCUGUGGCUCCUCCUCCUCGCUCUGCUGCUCCUGGCCUUCCUGCUGCCCCUCAUGGAUGAAGGAAACAGCUGCUCCCUCUCCAACAAUUUUGCCCGGUCCUUCAACAUCAUGCUCCGUUAUGAUGGACCACCACCCACAUAGGAAACUUCCUGUGACCUAAAGUCACAUUUGAAUUUUCUCCAUAUAGCAGCAUGUGUCUCUGUGAUGGCCCAUGGCUUGUGUAGGAAAUGUUGACUUGAACACUUAAAAUGUCACAUUCCCCUGUGAGAGACCACAAACCAGAACACACAACUCUCAGAUCAAUCUAAAGUUGGUGCAGUUUUGAACUCAUUGUUCCAUCUUAUACUCCUUUUAAAAACUACUCAUGUCACUCUCUCAUAGCUCCUUUAAUCCUCCUUUAUCAUCUCUAUUAUGAUGGACUUCAGUCUGGCAGGAAACUGUUACGUAGAGCACCAGGCACAUCUGCAGAAAACAAACAACAGCAUAUAAUCAUGAUCUGUUCUCUGUGUGUCAGACAACCCAUUAACAAGGAUCAACAAGACAACAAGAGUACAGAUGUCAAAGCUUAUUCUAAAAGUUUCCAGAUAUAGGAACAAGUGGCCACAGAGGGGUCAGUGUACUACAGUUGUAAUUUUAAUACGUCGUUGCCAUUCUGACCUUUUUUAAAAUGUGUCCAGACAAGCGUUCUGUUACUUCAGUGAUCACUAAUGGACUCCAGAUUUGAUCAUCAGUGCCAGCUUACAGAGGCUUCAAUGGCAAUUUAUUGCAGCCUAUUAUGGGUUCUUGUCUGUAGAUUCUCAGUCAUCCAGGUCAUAGUAAUCGUAGCAGCAUCAGUAGAAAUUAUCUGGACUUCUCUUGUAGGUUCUUGAAGACGUUUCACUUUCAUCCAGAAGUUUUCUUCAGGUCUGACUGACAGAUGGAGAUGGAGUGGUUUCCAACAGUUUGAGACGUGAGUUCUGGUCAUUAAUAGGCCAUUAGCCAUGUGAGUUGGAGUGACCUCAAACUCUGAAACUCCCCGAUCAAUCAGUCAGAACUGAAGAAGCCUCUUAGAUGAGAGGUGAAAUGGUGUCAUGAACCUACAAGAGAAGUCCAGUUAAUUUCAACUGAAGCUUCUACAAUUCUAAGUUCUUGUUUCACUUUUUUUUCUUGGAUUUGUUUCAGAUGAUAACAAAGGUUGUUUUUUUGUUUAUCAAAAUAUGUCAGUAAUACAAUGUAUAUUACAAAUAUGAAAUAUAUAAAAUUAUUUAACUUUAAUAAGGAACUUUUGUUACUCAGCAUAUCACUUUAUUUAAACUAUCACAUAUUAACACAGAUUCAAUGAAAUACAUUAAAGCAAUAAACUCCCUUUAUCAUGGUAUUUUAAUGUAUCUCAUAAGACUAGAACGAUACUAUUUACUUGUUGAACCCAAUCAGCGCCCGCAGAAAGAAAAUUAGAGCCUGUAUAGACCUAACAAAGUUAUUAUUCAGAUUUCUAUCGUGCUACUUCACAACAGUAAUGUCAUCUCAUAGCACUUCUCAUAGUCUGGGCAAGACCUUACAAAAUGUUGAACAGAGAACCCUAACAAAUCCAAAGUUCCUCUUGGAUACACUGAGCAGCCCUUGGUGACAAUAAGAAGGAACAUAAAACUCCCCCUUCAGUCAUUUACUACAUUUCUACAUUUGGUUAUUGUGCGCUGUGUCACAUAUAUGUUAUUUUAUUACCAUCUAAGUUGCUUCUUAUAACAGUAUAUUAACCUAUGUUACAAGAAGAUUUUUUAAACCUAAUAUAAUGGUCUUGUGUGAGAACAAGAAAAGUCAUGCGAUUCUAGCUGGUAAAAUGUCAUCAUGUCUUAUAGUGGCAGCCAAACACAGGCUUACACUUCAUCACUUCACGGCUCUGUGUAACUCUUCUUACUGUCAUGAUUACCAAAAAAUAUAAAUUUAAAAUCAUACUUUUACUAUUUAGGGAGACACACAUCUAAACCCAUGAAAUGCCAUUUGCUUUAUGAGAGUCUUCAAAUCCUUAUCAGCUGACUAGAAUUCAUUUUUAGCUGGUGGGAGUUAAAAUGUCUGUGAUUUCACACGGAGACAUCCUAAGCCAAAGUUAGUCUUUCCAUACAUGCAAAUGUGGAACAUAUGCAAGAAGCUCCAAACCAAUGGUUCCAAAAACUGGUGCAGUUUUGAUUAAACUGUCUGUGUUUUCUAGUGGUCCAACUCAGAUGCAACCAGGGUGGAAGCAUGGACUCUGGCCAAGAUUUUCUCUGUGCUUCAGCUAAUGUUGUGCCAAUGCUAUGUAGCAAUAUCGAAUAGCUCGUUUGCAAAAAAAAAAUAAAAUAUACAAUGGUCAGCUUUAUAUUUUAAAAUGUUUUGUUUUGGUACUAGGGGUGUGGCAGUGGCAGUGGUUCGGUGGUUAGCACUGUCGCCUUGCAGCCUGGGAUGUUACUGCAUGGAGUUUGCAUGUUCUCUCAGUGCAUGCGUGGUUGUUUUCUCUGGGUACUCGGGCUUCCUUUAGUCCAAAAACAUGCUGAGGUUAAUUGGUGAUUCUAAGUUUCCAGUGUGUGUGAAUGUGAGUGUGAUUGUUUGUCUCCAUGUGUAGCCCUGUGACAGACUGCUGACCAUAGACUGUAUAUAAAGAUGGACGUAGCAUCUGGCUCCAAAAUUGAAGCCCACCUGGAAGUGUCAAAAACUUGCAAUAUCACGCCGUCCGCUAGGGUUGGCUCCAAAAAGCUUUUGCUCCAUAGACCCCAAUUCAUUUUUGGAAAAAACUAAAUUUGAUAGACUGAUUUUCUACAGCUCAGGAUUUUUUUCCCGUUAGUUUUCAUGGUCAAAAUGAGAGAUCAGGUGGCCGAUCUUAAAAUAAAUCAAUACUGAAUUUUAAAUAAAUCGUUAAAGUUGACGGAGCCAGGGGGCGUGGCUAUACUUGAUUGACAGUCCCAUAGACUGGUCCUGCCCCUAGUUGCUCUCCGGUCCAGCCUGUUUGAUGACGCUUUUUACGUCACUGGCUCCAAAAAAUCCAAAAUGGCGACCAGGAAGUAGCAAAAUCCGGUCUUCAUUUUCUCGGCGGUGAAACCAACGGGUGACGUCACGGUUAGUUCACGCCUGCUGCUGACCUGUCCAGCGUGUCCUCUGCCUUCAGCAUAAGUCAGCUUGAAUAGACUCCAGCCCCCCACAAUCCUAAUGAGGAUUAAGUGGUGUAUAGACAGUCGAUGGAUGUUUUAAUAAUUUUUAAGAUUUUAAGGUUAAAAAAACAACUUGCGUGUUAGCUUUAUAAACCUACUGGAAGUUUACACGUAGAGCAGCUUCACUAUUGCAAAUCAUCCUGCUUUUUGACUGUGAGUUGAGACAGUCUACAGUUAGAAGCUAAAGGAGGACAGUUCAUAUCAGAUAAAUGAACAAGAGAAGACGAAUCAGAAAAGCCUUUAAUGCAGUGAGGUCACACACAAGGAGUUUGACGUGGCGUAAAGAGUUGCAGUACUCAGCAACAACGACAGACUGUAAAAGAAUAAGUAUACAAAUCUAAAUCUGAGAAAUUAAAAAAAAAAAAUGCUACAAGAAGUAUAAAUAUUCAUGUUCGAAAAUCACCAAAUUCAAACCUAGCUCUAAACUUUAGUUAGUUUAAGAGUGCAAACCCAAUCCCAGACAGGAAAGUGUGGACACACAGAUGUGGUCGCCUGAUUCAGUGCUGGAUAAGGCAGUAUACGGGAAGAAUCACAAGCAGUUCAUAGAGGAGGAUCUUCACCGUCAAGACAUUGAACGAUGAUGAUGAUUGAUAUUUUUCCAUGUAGUUCUUUGAAGUAUAACUGACAAAGUUUGUUUUAAUGUUUGUGCAGUAUUUUGACCCAAAUGAAACAAAAACAGGCCUUAUUAUCACAUAGUAAUGUGAAGAUAUUUACAGAUUAUAAACAAUGAAGCCAAAAAAUCUAGAAUUUGUUUUGAAUUCCUUUGAGCAGCACUAGUGGUAAGGAACCAAAAUCCCCCUGUUUUGUAUAAUUAUCCUAGACUUUGGAGACAGAAUCAAUACGGAUCAUUAAAUGACAGUGUAUUACAUUCUGUUCUAUCUUUCAUCUGGAUACAAGUGAGCUGUCGCACAAAGUCACAGUUUAUAAACUACCAUUACAUCAUUUUUUUUCACAGCUGGAUAUUGUUUUAACAUGUAGCUGAAUAACAAUGGAAGCACAUUUUAUAGUACUGUAACUUACAGUAGUAGGAUAACUUAUCGUCACACAUGGACAGAAUAGUCAGUGUUAGAAUCAUAAAUAAAUUACAGAAGUCACCAUUUUCCCCUUAAAUGCACCACAGCAUCUUCUCCUGGACUAUUACAAAUAGAACAACUAGAACAAAUGGAACAAAAGCACUUUGAGAGCACAGUAUUCAACCAUGGGUGUUCAUUCCCCCAUAUGGGAUUGUCAGAAAUGCAACAUAUAUUUUAUCAAAAUGCGGCGUUUGUUAUUAGUUAGAUCAGAAAUCGUGGCGACAUAGAAGGUGGCCGUUUAAUACAGAUGUAAACCAAAUGACCUUGCGCUGAGCCCAGGCAUGUGUUAUGCAUGUGUACGUUAUGUACAGAUCCCGUGACCUAAAUAUGUAGCAGGUAGUGGGAAGUGAUCAUCUCAUAACUCCGCCGUGUUCCUUGGUGAAGUAAUUAGAUAAGUUUUGUUGUCCGUCCCGACAGUGAUAGAAAUUUGACUUUUGACGUGGCUAAAAGGCAGCAGGUACAACUUACAUAAAGACACAUUCAAAGCUAUUUUAAACAGCAGCUACCCAAAUAACUUAAAUGUUUACUAUCCCUUUAUUUUCUGUGCACAUUGGAUUAGUGACAUUGACUGUAAAUUAGGAAGCCAAAGAAAAUGAUUGGUCUUAAAUGAGCAUAGUUCUCAAUACCACAGCAGCAAAGUAGAAUUCCUGAAAUGUGUUUGUUUGACAUCCUGAGAUAUUCCUUUGCUGACAUGAGACAAUUCUGAAGGUAGCAUUUAAUGUUUGAGAGUACAUAUUUAACUAUGCAUGUUAUUUUGUUCUCCUUCACAAAAGAUUAAGAUUUUUGUUUAUAUAUUUCUCCCCUUUUAGCAAAUCAUCCACUAAUACUAAUGAAGGGAAUAGAGUUUUUGUUUUUUAGAACAGUGAUCUGUUCUAGUGGUGUGCUGACAUCACACGCAUAAUUACAACAUUUCUCUGAUAUUACACACUCGGUACCACUUUAUGCCAAAACUACAUAAAGCUCAGUGUAUUUAAGGAGAAAUGUAGCAGAGGGUGAAUGAGAGCAGUUUGGAGACACUGACAAAAAUAAAGGAAACCCAGCUCUGUUCUGAGGUCAGCUGCAAAAAGCCUCAUUUAACAUAAUCAGUGUGAGAAUACAUCUAGGCCCAACUCAGUGCACAGUUCAAACCGUUAGCUAAAGUUAGCAAACGUUGCCUCAGAGAACCAAAAGAAAAUUUAAAAUAUAAACUCUAACUUACUCCUUUGCUUUUGACAACCAACUAUUGUUGAUUAUUGAAAAUAUGGGAUUUUGGUACGAUCACCACAUCCCAAAAUCUGUUUUGUGAAACAGCACACUGAGUGUUUACUGCAGGACAUUCCUGCCUUCAGCUUUACCACUAAUAACUAGCUGCACUAUGCAGUGGAUUGUUGUGGAUUCUUCUUGCCACUAUGUUGAACUACAGGCUGUUACAGGUGUGGCGCUCCAAGUCUUUGCAUUUCUGCAUUAUUUUUUAUAAUAGAAAUCCCACUUUAAUAUUAGCUACUUGUAUCAGUACUCUGUGUUAGCGAGGACUCAGAGCACUCAUCCUUGGUCUGUAAAAAGAAGGACCAGUAUUGAUUCCCCAGCCUGUUCUUGGGUCUGUGGGGUUCAAGCAGUUUUCUUCUGUUCAGUCUGUGCUCCUCGUCUCAACUGUACAACCAAAUCAUGAGACUUUUUUUUGCUUCUCUAAGGUGCUAUUUUGGCUUGCAAAUGAAGACUGGUCUUCCUCACAGUCGAGCUUAAACAAAAAACUGUUAGAAAGCUAUAGGCUUUUUGUGUGUUUUAAUGCCAACUGUCAGUCUUAGCAACUACCUCUUUUAUAGAAGCUCCAAAAUCACUAGCAAUCACUGUUGCAUCCCACCUUCUCUCUCUUCUCUCACCACGCACUCCCAUAAAAAUACACGGAAAUGCCACUACUGCUUUUCCUUCUUUUUGGCUGGGUGCAUGUGUAUUUUUAACUUAUGUUGCUGUGGUAAUAGUUAACAUCUUCAUCUCCUUUCUUAUACAACAGGAGCACUACAGCAUGGCCCUCUUUCAAUGUUAAAUUCAUCUUUUAUUUUUGAAUGAAAGAGUACAGGUGGGGACAUUUGAAGAUUUUAAAGAUGUAACAUUUCAGCAUCACUAGAUUGUCACCGUGUAAAUUAUCCAUAAUAGUAAAACUCCCAUAAAGAACAAGACUGACACUGACAGUCUCAGUACUGUUUUUGGACGUAGCAUGAUCACUAGUUCCUUUCAUUUUGUGCUAGUGCAGAGGACAACAGCCAACUUACUGAGAAAGAGAGGAAACAGAGCCUGGAAUCAACCAAGAGCUGGUGUUAUUACAGGACAUCAGGACAGUCAGUUCACACAUUUGUUGUCAGGACGCAGUGAAACCUGCCAGAAAUUGAAAGGGCGCUACUAUGUAUUUAUGGAUUAUCAUGGCCGUAUCAGGUAUCAGCCUGUAUCAUCAUUAGUGCUGGAAAUCAGCACUGAUUUCUCAGUGUGAUUAAGUUUUGAAUCAGCUCAUCGGGAUUUAAUUUUUAAUGAUUCAGUUAUAUCAAAUACGUACCAGUUUGCUUUAAGUACUACUCAGAACUUCUCGUUUAAAGUUCAAUUUGGCGGGUAUGGAAAUGUUUUAAAUGUAAUUCUUGUCCAAAACUGUGGUGUAUGAGGCUUCCUUAAGCAAAAGUAAUGGAAAAGGUAGUAGUGAAGAAAAUCAUGAUGGUUUGUCAGACCUGGGUUGGGUAGUCAGUAAAUGAUCUUUUUUUUCAUUACACUUGGUGUAUGCUGUUUCUUGCCAAUCUCUGAGGUGAUGUCAAUUCUAUAAAAUGAAAUGAUCCUUUUCAAAUCAUCUUGUACACAAUGCAGGAGUUCAGGUAGCAUUAUAUGCAUACAUAUGUAGGUAGCAUGGCCUUAAAGCAGUGUGUUCAAACACACUGCACAGUCCAUUUACGUACACUUGUACAGACCAUAUUUAUCAUGGCAGUCUUAAGCUUCCCAUAGCUCAUAAUAAUAACUCAUGCAGUAACUAGCUUUAGUGAAACAGUCGCUUAUUGCACUGCUCUACUAUUCUACUGUGCAGGAAAAGCUCACACAAUGCCAGGCUCAUAUCAGACAUUAAUACUGUACCCGUCGAUGCUUUAUGCAACUGAGCAAUAAAAACAGUUGGAAAUAGUAAAAGCCUGAUUAAUGUCAGACAAAAACACUGCAUGCGUCCUUUGAUACCCAUCAAUUCUUUAUGCAACAUAUGAAAUGACUUAAAACUCCUGAGCACAGCUGGUCCUUGAGAAAGGAUUGGAAAUAUUUGCAUCACAUUUUGUUAUUUUCAAAUAUACUAAAUGCCAUUUUUUUGUUGUUGCAUUUUUCAUUCUGAAGAUGAACAGAGAAGUAUUGACAGGUGAAAUAUUCUUUGUGUAAAUUAAUACAAUCAUAAUUGAUCAAAGUUUUGAAGCAGAUUAUUUAAGAGAGAUUAUAUUUAACAAAUGUUUUGUUUUUUUUAUUAUUCAAUUAGAUUGAAUGGAAUGUAUUUUAUUUUGAUAAUGUGAUCUUUUGACAUUGUCUGUGGAGCUCCUGUAUUUUCCAGUGCAUUUAUUCAGGAUCAGAGGAAAAGACACCUUUGGAAUCAGUUUAAGUUACAUUAAAGUGCAUUAAACCCCACCGAUGCGUAAUUUACGGUGAUCUUCAAGAAUGUCAUCAGAUGACAAAUCAUGAAUAUGUACUCAUAAACUGAUAAAGGGGGAUGCAGAUGUGGUGCAGUGUUGGUACUGGCAAACAGACUAAUGCCUUAUUUGGGGUUUUUAUAUUUACUAUUCCAGCUUCAUCCUUAAACACUUUAGUUUACAGUAUCUGCAAAAGUGAACAUGGAGGUACACUUUGUAUAGUUGUACCUUCACUAAAAGACACUCAAUAGUAAGCAGUAAAUUGAAAUUACUCUGACACUUAGUAUUCAUUGUAAUUUCCAGCGUUGUCUGUUUGUCAUCUGUUAAAUGUUGCAUUGUGGGAUUGUCAGCAGAAAGUAGUGUACAUGUCAUUGUAUUUAACUGAAUUGUGGAGAAUGCAUUAUACAUGAAUAUAAAGUGAUUCAGAAGAGAA